GUUAGCACCUACCCAAACAAGCAGGAAACAGGAAAUGUUCACGUUUCAAGGAGGCUGGAGCCAGCGCAGCAGCAUCGUGCGUGCGGGAGGCAGCGCCCAGGCCAGCUGACAUGAAGGCUCCUCGCGCUGCCCUCCUCUGCGCCCUGACAAUCGCGCUCUUCCUCACUGGCCGGGCUCAGGAGUAUUCUGAGGCAGAAAAUGAGUCAGAAGAUGAGUCAACAGAUGUCACCCAGAAUGUGGAACCUACAGAUGAAGAUACUACUGUUAUAAGUACAGUUGCUGCAUUGACCACAGAAAUAGAAUUUGACUAUACGAAUUAUACCCUCAAUUAUGAGGAGGAUACUCAGCUAGAGCUUAUACUGAUGGUGUUGAUCCCGUUGGUUUUCUUGGCACUCCUACUCAUAUCAGUGGUACUCAUUGUAAUCAACUGUAAAAGAGAAAAAGCUAAGCAAGAGCUGCCUUCUAGCCAAGGAUCUCAGAGUGUUUUACAGACAUAUGAACCGGGAGGCGACAACCUGAAAGUCCCCAUUUUUGAGGAAGACACGCCCUCUGUUAUGGAAAUAGAGAUGGAAGAGCUUGAUAAAUGGAUGAGCAUGCAUAGAAAUGCCGACAGUGAAUGUUUACCUACUUUAAAAGAAGAAAAGGAGUCAAACCACAGCCCAAGUGAUAAUGAAUCCUAACACUGAAUGGCGCUAAUGUUCUCCAAGAGGAGCCGCCCGGGGGGAGCCCACUGGGCCUGCCAACAGAGGAUGAAGAGGACACAGAUUUAAUUAAUUUCAAAUCAACAUAGACACAAGAACCUUCUGCUGCUUCUCCCAACGCCCACUGUUCCUCGGGAUGGCAUCACCUGUACCUGGAAGAAUGUGCUAUUGAGAAGCCCAAGGAAAAGGCCUGGCUGACAUCCAUCGCCGAGGGUGGAGGAGCCAUAGGAUACAGUCACCUCUCAUCAAAGGGUGCUCCCCCCUCUCAGCCGACCUCCCAUUGACUGCGGUCACUCUGGCCAUGCUCUCUGCGUCCUUGGUACCUUUCUGCUUCAUUCCUCAGGGUUUAAACCAGGCAGCUGUUUUGUCUGUUUCCUUCUGGGUCACACUGUUACCUAAUUAGCCUUGGAUAAUUUCCUCUGAUUAGUCAAGUGAUAGGUCCACUGCACUCAGCAGGAAGGUUUCUCAAAGCAGGUGUCUCACGGAGAAGACAGCAAACAAAGCAGGUGUUUUACUGUCUACACCAUCCCAGGAGGUUGAUAAACUGGCUUCUACCUGUCAGGAGGAUGCAGCGAGAGUCCACAGUCCUGAGGAGAUGUUGUUUGGUGACCUGUGGACCCACGUCAGCCAGAUCGAGUCACUCUUGGGGACUUGUCAGAGGCAUGGGAAUCUUCGAUGAAAGAGCAAACGUUUUCUUUCUCAGCUAAAAUCCCCUACUUGUUCACAGGUCCUCAAAGCUCAUUGUUGUUCUCACUACAGCUCCCUUGCAUGUAGUGUAUAGGGAGGGAGAGUGGGUAGUGGGGGUCAGCUGCCACCUUUGUAUGUCUCUGAGAUCGUUAAGGUCACUUGAAACAAGCCAAACGGGAAUAGCAAAUAUCUGUGGCCGAUGUCACUUAACUCACUCGGUGUUGGGACACGCUUCAUGUCCUCCUCAUCUCAGCUUUCCAGGAAGUCACUAUCAGCCCGUCAGAGAUGACAUUCUGCGUGAUUUCUACGUGGUAUUUGUUGACAUCCUCGCGCUAGAGGCAAUGGCGCAAAAUGCAGAAGGGCCUGUUUAUCACUCCCACUCACGUACUAUCAAUCUCCAGUUAAUCCUUAAUUUUCAAAUUCUGACCUUUAAAGCAAUCUAGCAAAUGGGGAGUCCUCAGGUCAUCUAUGCAACCUGAUACUUUAUUCCAGGAAAGAAACAAAGAAUAAAAGCUUUAUUUAUUUUACUGCUUCCCAUAUACACUGAGGGGAGAUAAGGUUCACCAAACAUCUGCUGCUGAAUUUGGGGCCUCGUGUUUGAAAGGCUGCGUUAACGCAGCCCCUCCUCCCUGUCAGAAUCCCUUACCUAGUAUGUGCCUUCUGAACUAUGCCCUUAACUUUAAAGGCAGGCUUCCAAAUCUGGGAGGUCUUGCCCCACAGUGAACGAUAGAACUGUCUGCUGUGUUUAACCACCGCUAUUAUGCUCUCCUGGCACUGCAUAGAGCUUUGGCAAAAGACGGUCUUCGUGGUAUCUAACUUCAACAGAUUUAUCAGUCAUAUUCUCGUUGGGACGUCCUAAUAUGGCAUUUUUUGUUUGUUUCCACUGCUGUUUUACAUAUUCAUGUUGAACUUGUGGUCCACAACUUCUGACUGUCAGAUAGUUAUGCCAACAUUGCCACUUUCUGAAUCACCAUUUCUGCCUAUUUUGGUUAUUUUAAGUUUGUUUCUCAUCAAUGUGUAACUCUCAGAAGAGUCUCAGUUCUUCCUCUAAGUAGCUAAGAUUUUUGCUGAACACUUUGACCUGUAAAUUUCACCCAACCCAAUCAGAUAAUGGACUUUAGAACUUUUGAGAAGUAUAAGGGUCUUGGAAUCUUACUUUGAUAGAGAUUCAAUGAAGCCAUAUUUUAUGAUCUUUUAAAAAUAUUCUUAUUCACUAUUUAAAUUAACUUCAAAUUCUAGAAGAAGCCAACUUCAGCUACAUGUCAUUGAGUUUAUAUCUGAAAAAUGUACUAACCUCUAUAAUUGCACAGUAUAUAUUUUUAAAAAUAUAGCUAAUUCUGGCAAGAUAUGUGAAAUUAGUAUGAGUCAAAACAGUUAAGGGUCAGUUCCAGCAUCCCGUGUCUUUUUUUAUUACCAUCCAAUUAAUAGGUAUCAUAGGUUUAUGAUAAUGUCAAGAAAUUUUAAACCCAAAUUUAAUUUUAUAUUUCAGAGUAUUGUUUGUGAAAAUCUAAUCAAUUUGCCCAAAUUGGGUAGUCAAUCAGAGCAAAAUCUGACUAGAAUAUUUUAGAGAUAUAGAUUUUAUUGCAUUUUUGUACAUUUUAAGCACACUAGGUUAAUAACAUUGCCUCGUUGAACUCCUAAGGAAAAUUGUUUUUUGCUUUUUUUUUUUUUAGAAAACUUGUUAGUUUUUUUUGUGUUUUUUUUUAAUCCUCACUCAAGGAUAUUUUUUCAUCGGUUUUUAGAGUGAGUAGAAGAGAGAGGAAAAGACAGAGAAACAUCGAUGUGAAAGAAACACAUCGAUUGGUUGCCUCCUGCAUGAACCCCAACCAGGACCCGUAACUAAUCGAACCUGGGACCCUUUGGUCCGCAGGCCGAAGCUCCAUCCACUUAGCCAAACUGGCCAGGGCAGGAAAAUUGUUUUAAUAAGUAUGUAAAAGUGUCUACCUUAACCCAGUGAUGUGACUUCUCUAAGAAGGUCAUUGUCAUACCAAACACGAGCACACAACAUUGGAUCAACCUUGACAUCCAUGGAGUGACAGAUACUUCCACUGACACCCUCACAGCUCUAGCAAUGGAAAUGGAUGCUUUAAAAAAUACUUUUACCUACUCAUUUAUUUUGGUUGUUUAAACUAUCAGUUUGCACCAGCUCUGAAAGAAGGCCCGUUGUUGAGUAAACAUAAAAUGGAGACUCUGGUUUCAACUUCUGUCAGUAUUAGUACAAAUUCUGAAUAUAGCGAAGUGAUAAGACAUGGUUUUACACUGGGGAUUCACUGCUAAAAUUCUCAGUGUGGGUAAAAGAUUGGAUUUAAAAUUUUUUUUAACUACACAUAGCACUUUUUCACACUCAGAAGACACUCUGGGUGAAUUCUGGGGUUUCCAUUUAGUAUCUAUUGUAGACAGUCCAGAGUAGCUUCAUCAUAGAUUACAUUAUUUGGAUCUUAUAAUAACCAGAAGAGUCACUGUAUAUUAGUGAGCAAUGGAACUAGUCAAAUUGGUUAUUAAUAAUGUCAUAACCAAAUGACUUAUUAUUAUUAUUAUUAUUAUUAUUAUUAUUAUUAUUUUGAGCAGUUCUUUGACUUUGCCUUUGUAUUAUCUAGCACCAAAAUUUUAUUUUCCUUUUAGUCCUUUUGAAGGUGGUUAUUUGUAGAUGACUGGUGGGCUUUUUUUGUUUUGUUUGUUUUUUGCCCUGUUACCUUUUAUAAAUAACAUGCUCAUGAGAUAGCAAUCCAUACAAUUAUAUAAAAUAAAACUUUUUUUUACCAACUUUA